UGUAGAUAGUCUCCGAUGUCCGAAAAGAUUAGUCGAUUACCAGAAAACACUAAUACUCGUCCAGGCUUCACGACAUCUCUUGGCUCCGCCACCGGCGAAAACCUAAGAUCGGAGCUGAGGGGGUUCGUUUGCGUAACAGAACUCCUCUUGAUGGACUUGCAUGUAAAACCAACAAAUGCGGAGGUCCAUUUGGCAAAAGAGCAGCGCCUUUUAGUGGCUGGUAUGGUAUCUCUAUCUCUCUUCUUGCAAAGAAUCCUGCCUCCCCCGCCGACGCCUCCUCCCCUCCCCCGCGAUCCCUCCGCCGCCGCCGCCGCCGAAUCCGGCGUCCCCAGCCUAGGCGAGAUUUGGGGGCGCGCGAUGAAGGAGAAGCGCGGGCUGGAAGCCGCGGCGGCCGGUGGCGACGGCCACCCCGAGGCCAAGCGCGCGCGGCCUCCCGCACUGGCCAGUGUUAUUGUUGAAGCAUUAAAGGUGGAUAGUCUGCAGAGGCUUUGCUCAUCACUGGAACCAAUUCUUCGUAGAGUGGUUAGUGAAGAAGUGGAGCGUGCGUUGGGCAGACUGGGUCCUGCAACAAUAACUGGAAGGUCUUCCCCGAAGCGAAUUGAAGGUCCUGAUGGAAGAAAUCUGCAACUCCAGUUCAGGACAAGACUGUCUCUUCCUCUUUUUACUGGAGGAAAAGUUGAAGGGGAGCAGGGAGCCGCAAUUCAUGUUGUUUUGCUUGAUGCUGGAACUGGUUGUGUUGUAUCUUCUGGACCCGAGUCAUGUGCCAAACUUGACAUUGUUGUUCUAGAAGGUGAUUUCAACAAUGAAGAUGAGGAGGGAUGGUCGGGAGAAGAGUUUGAAAGUCAUGUAGUGAAAGAGCGUGAAGGAAAGCGCCCUCUUUUAACUGGUGAUGUACAAGUCACACUAAAAGAAGGUGUUGGCACUGUAGGGGAGCUUACAUUCACAGAUAACUCUAGCUGGAUAAGGAGUCGGAAGUUCCGACUUGGUUUGAAAAUUUCCUCAGGAUUUUGUGAGGGUAUUCGCAUCCGCGAGGCAAAAACUGAAGCUUUCAUGGUUAAGGACCACAGAGGAGAAUUGUAUAAGAAGCACUACCCACCUGCGUUGAAAGAUGAGGUCUGGAGGUUAGAAAAGAUAGGGAAGGAUGGAUCUUUCCAUAAGAGACUGAACAAAGCUGGAAUUUCUACAGUUGAAGACUUCCUUAGGCUUGUGGUUCGAGAUCCUCAGAAGUUGCGCAGUAUCCUUGGAAGUGGUAUGUCUAAUAAGAUGUGGGAUAUUCUUGUCGAACAUGCAAAGACUUGUGUCUUAAGUGGAAAAUAUUACAUAUAUUAUUCAGACGAGAAUAGAUCUAUUGGUGCUAUUUUCAACAACAUCUAUGCAUUCUGUGGGUUGAUUUCUGGCGAGCAGUUCUAUUCAUCUGAAAGUCUUGAUGAUAGCCAAAAGCUCUUUGCUGAUGCAUUGGUUAAGAAGGCAUAUGAUAAUUGGAUGUAUGCCAUUGAAUAUGAUGGUAAAGCUCUCUUGAACUCUAAACCGAAGAAAAAGGCUGCACCCACUGGACACGUUGAGACACAUCCUCCUCUGAGUCAACCUGCUUCAUACGAACAACGCAUCUCAUCAGCGAGCAUGACAGGACCAUCUCCAGCAGUUUCAUUCAUUUCAGGAGGAAGUGGAACUGGAACUGAUUCCAUAGGGUAUGAUGGCAACCAAGCAGCUACACAGCCAUCUCAACUUCAAAGUACAUCUGCCAAUGUCCCUGUGCCAUACGAUGACACCUUUUCAUUUUUACCGCCUAGUAUGUUGAUGGGGUCUGAUAAUCAAGAAACCGGAAAUGAUGGCAUGGGCCUGGAACUAGGCCAAUUGCAACAAGCAAUUUCACAGAGUCAGUCGAUUCAGCCAGCAAAUGUUGGCUAUGAUGAUUGGACUCGAAGUCAAAACGGUCAGUUCGCUGAUGACUUCACCGAAGAUAUUCGCAUGAAAAGCCACCAAAUGCUCGAGAGCGAAGACAUGCAGCAGCUGCUCAGGGUCUUCAGCAUGGGUGGAGCGUCUACCAGUUUGCAGGAAGACGCCUUCGGCUUCCCGACGUACAUGCCAUCUCCAUUACCAAACCUUGGGUUCGAAGGUGAGCGCACCCGUUCAUCUGGGAAAGCUGUUGUUGGGUGGCUCAAGAUAAAGGCCGCCAUGAGAUGGGGGAUUUUCGUCAGGAAGAAAGCUGCCGAAAGAAGGGCGCAGCUUGUUGAGCUGGAUGAUUAACAACAUGUUAAGCGUGUAUUGGCUACCGUUAGAUGCUAUUAAUGUUGAAAUGUUAAUACCAUCAGAUGCUCUAAACUAGGUUUUGGGACUCAUGCUGCCUUGAAAGGCAUUGAAACAAACCAACCGAUUAUGUACAGCGGGUAGUUCUGCUUUGUUGUAAAAACAUCUGAAAUGUUUGCGUACCAUUUUAUUUUCCUCGUUUGUUAUAGAUUGUGCAGAUUAUAAACAAAACAAUGUGAAUUAACGCGGAUAGUAUGUGUAUGGCCGAUGUGUUACCUGUAGGACAUCUAUUUUUGCAAUGUUUAGAAUUUGAUCUGGUACGUUGGCAACAA